AUGCAUCCCGCUCUGCUAGUCGACGAUAUCAUUCACGCAAUAUUACAAAAUGUCACAUCCUCUGCGGAAGACAUGCGAAAUAUUGCCAUGACCUGCUCCACACUCUCAGUUCCUGCCCUCAAUAUGCUCUGGUCAGAGCAGUCACAUUUGGCACCCCUCAUCAUGUGCCUGCCUAAACACACUUGGAUAGUCGGAGAGUCGGACUACACCAUUCGCUCCAAUCUACAGAAUUUUUCCGACACUGCGCCGCCGCUCCCCAUGCAUUGGGAGCGCGCCAGACUGAACGCGUCAAGGAUACGCAGGCUUCUCCCAAUUUCCGAUGCGAACUGGUACUCUGAAUAUACUUCUCCUAUGAAACCACAUAUCAGUCGCCGUGUACUACAGCAACUUUUCAAGCUGUUCCCUCCCGCGUGGCUGAUCUGCCGGAGUUGCGUUCAAACUUCCGGCUGCUUCGCCAAUUCUUUUCGCCCCGGAUUAGAAACACUCCUGUUUGACGUACCGCCAGGCGUCCAAGAGCGUAAGGUAGAGCAAUUGUUCGACGCUCUCCUCGCAGAAGCGCCCGGCCUGCAGCGACUGUCAAUAUCGGCGGCCCGUUUUACAAUCCCUCCGAGUCUCGUAAAGCUUCCCAAGUUAAAGCAACUGUCCAUAGAUGGAAUCAACGUGUGCCUGGCGAUGCAGAACAUUACCAACAUCCAGCAUUCGUGCCGUCUUGACACCCUGAUGCUUACUUUGUACGGAACAUCCAACGAUGUGGACAACCCACCAUCGGGUGAUUUACCACUUGAAUUGAGAACCCUCAAACACCUCAUUCUCGCGGCCAAUAACUUGCCACUGUGUACAUCCUUUCUUCAUCAAGUUACCACCCCGCACUUGUCAUCCAUCCAUAUCAGCUACUCCACACCUGCUCGCCCAACGGAAAUCACCGCAUUCAUUGAAUCCUUGUCCAUGUCUUGCCAAACAUUUGCAUCCUUGGAAAAGAUCUCUAUGGCCGGGGACUCGUAUCAGCGUCCAGGUCCUGACUGCCACAGCAUACUCCCUUCCCAUAUUUUCCGGCCUUUACUCAAGUUCAGAAGGCUGUCGACUGUCAUAUUCUCCGACAUUGGCAUAUACGAUCUUGACGAUGCGUUCAUCGAUGAUGUUGCGGUUGCCUGGCCAAAUCUUUGUGAAUUGGAGUUCGCCUCGCAUAGACCUGGCACUUCUAACGACGUCACCUUCGCCGCAAUGCUUUCGUUGGCGUCAAGGUGCAGAUCGCUGCGUAUCCUACAUUUAACAUUCGAUGGCACACAAUUGCCGACACUACCUCAUACACAGGACGGAAACCAGGAGCUUUGGCCCACGCAAACAGCCCUCCAAGAGCUGAAUGUCGGACACUCGCGUGUGUCGGAAGAGGCGCGUGUCCCAUAUUUCCUAGCUACGGUGUUUCCAAAUCUAGAUGUUUUCACCUGGCAUGGUAUGUUCGGGGUUUCUCAUGGUGGUACGAAAGCACUGGAAGAAGCAUUGGAACAACUGGAGGACCUUCGGGAUACCGAGGGGGAGGACACUGAUGAUUUCCUGUGAGGAUCCAUCUA